UGAAGAUCCCUGCGGCAUCACGUGGGACCUGACGAUCGCUAACGAGACCGAAUUCCCAAACACGAGCGCGAACGCGACGGAGCUACCGCCCGAGAACCAGUUCAUCAUGCCGGCGUGGGAGCAAGCGUUGUGGACCCUCCUCUUCGCCGGCAUGGUCCUGGUGGCCGCCGGAGGGAACCUCAUCGUCAUCUGGAUCGUCCUGGCCCACCGUCGCAUGCGUACCGUCACCAACUACUUCAUCGUGAACCUGGCCGUUGCCGACACCAUCGUCUCCACCCUCAACGUCAUCUUCAGUUUCGUCUACAUGCUCAACAGUCACUGGCCCUUCGGCUGGACCUACUGCAAGAUCUGUCAGUUCGUGGCGGUCCUUAGCGUGGCAGGCAGUGUUUUCACCCUCGUCGCCAUCGCCUUGGACAGGUUUACAGCCAUCAUGAAGCCAUUGAAGCCGCGAAUGGGAAGGAAAGCGACGCUCGGGGUGAUCGUCCUAAUCUGGACCAUGGCGUCCAUCGUGUCCCUUCCCAUGUUCAUCUUCGCCACCACAACCACUCUUCACUAUCAGAAUGGGGAUAUGCGUGUCCUCUGCUACACCGUCUGGCCCGACGGCGCCUCCGCACCCAGCUAUCACGAAUACAUCUACAACGUGGUGUUUAUGGUGGUGACGUACUUUCUGCCGAUCGCCGUCAUGAUUUAUACAUAUUCUCGAGUGGGAAUGGAGCUGUGGGGAUCGCAGGCCAUUGGGGAAGCCACUCAACGCCAGAACGAGACCAUUCACAGCAAACGGAAGGUGGUGAAGAUGAUGAUAUUUAUCGUGCUCGCAUUCGCCAUCUGCUGGCUUCCAUAUCACGUCUACUUCAUCGUCAUCUCCGUGGACCCGGGCAUCAAUGAUUUGCCAUACAUCCAGGAACUAUACCUGGCCAUCUACUGGCUCGCCAUGUCCAACUCCAUGUAUAAUCCCAUGAUUUACUGCUGGCGGAAUCAACGGUUCCGGCGGGGUUUCAAAAUCGUUUUUCGCUUCCUGCCGUGCGUGCACGUGACGGAGGCGGAACUGGCGUUGGACGACCGCAAGUCCCUCCUUUACACGGCCCGCUACAACGCUGGCGAGAACGCACACUGCCGUAUCAAUCGGAAUGGGAUAUCGACGGGGAGCCGAGCUACCCUGACGACGUCGACGAGUCUGAGCAGCGGAAACGUCCGGAGGACGUCAGUUCCGGUCCACUGUUCCGCUCCCGGAACCCUUCCCGUUCCUGUCCAUACUUCCACCAGGAAGACAUCCUCCCCGGUAACCGGCCCAACGGGCAACAACAUUCUUCAAAAGUGGAAGAAUGGUGGAACCAAACCCUACAACGUCUAGACUUUCGCGAGUCUCUGAAUCAAUCAAUCGAUAAAUCAAAACGUGAUUGCAUCACGGACUACCGCCUUCCGAGGUCCCCUUAGGCAUUUUCAAGUGAGAUGUGUGGAAGUACUUGCUUUUUAUUUCGUGAUACCCAUAUCUGUAAGCUUCUUGCUUCGUCCCCUACCCUUCCAUCCUUGCCCU